AUGAUGGGUUACGGCUUUAAUGAGGAGCACACUGAGGCAGCCUUGAUCCAUCUCUGUCAUUCUCAGACUCCAACGGCACUCAUCCUAGAUUCCGGUUCGACAGACUCUGGGCCAUCGAAACUAGCACUCGGAACGACCACCUGUCCCAGAUCCGCCUACAAGCGAGACUUCCGCAAAUUGCUCCGUCUUGCCAUCCGUUACAAGGUGCCUAUCCUCGUCUCGUCGGCUGGUGGUGACGGCACCGACGAUCAUGUCGAUAUGUUUGUAGACAUCAUCAGGGAGAUUGCAGACGAAGAGGAGAACAGGCAUUGGAAAGUCAAGACAAUCGCCAUAUACUGUCAGCUUGAUAAGGCAUUGGUACUCAGCAGACUGGAGAGCGGCAAAAUCAGGGGCUGUGGCCGCUCAGUCCCAGACCUGACCCCUGAGGUUCUCGAGCAUACACCAAGAAUAGUCCCACAGAUAGGGCCCGAGCCGUUCAUGGACGCCAUGUGCGCGAACCCGGACUUCAACGUGCUCGUCAGCGGCAGGGCAUACGACCCUGCACCCUACAUCGCGUUCGCGGCGUAUCACGCACUGGAACAGAAGGGCGAGCUUACCGACCUGGGCGCCGACCAGUUGGGCUCUCUUGUACACAUGGGGAAGAUCCUCGAAUGUGGCGGCCUGUGUGCGACACCAAAAGGCAUGGGUGCAUACGGAAUCAUCAAUCAAGACUUCACAGUUGACAUUAGGCCGCUGACGCCCGGGGCAGUUUGCACCUCUUUGAGUGUGGCUGCGCACACUUUGUAUGAGAAGACCAGGCCCGAUUUACUGCCUGGGCCCGGCGGUGACCUUGAUUUGGCGAUGGCUACAUUCACAGAACUGAGUGACGGAGUUGGCACGAGAGUCUACGGUGCCAAGUUCUCGUUGUCCCGAGAAGAUUUGGCCACGCCCUACACGGUCAAGCUCGAAGGCGCCAGGUCGACUGGUUUCCGUACGCUCAUGAUGGGCCACUUUAGCGACCCUAUCCUCAUCCCACAAAUCCACGCGUAUCUCGAGGCAGGCAAGGCUCUUGCUGGUCAGCAACACCAACAUGUCACUGAAAAGUGGGAUAUAUGGAUUCACAUGUACGGCUUUCACGAAUCGCGUCCGGACGUGGUACCAGACAAGGUCUUCGUGGUCAGUGAAACCUUGGCUGAGUCACAGGCCGUAGCCACAAGCAUAGCCUCUUCUUUAAGGGUCUACUUUGCGCAUGGGUCAUAUCCCGGCCAGAAAGCCACAUCAGGGACCUUUGGCAUGGGCAUCGGUGGCAGGUUCGAGAUUGAGGUCGGAGAGUGCACCGAGUUCUCCGUCUACCACCUCCUUGAGCUCGAGAAAGGCGAAGAGCGUGCAAGUGGAGAGAAUGAAACGGAUUCCAACUCACUGUUCCGGUGGAAGCAUUUUGACAUUGGCCACGGAAUGAUGCAAGACUUUAAGUCUCCAAGUUCCCCGCGAGCCCCUAUUCCCACUGGACUACCGCCCGCGCAAAUCAAGACCACGGCCAAAUUUGCAACCACAGGCUCGGCGAUUCCAAGUUCGCCUCGAACUCUACUCGACAUCGCCAAGGUUAUUCGGUCCAAGAAUGCGGGUCCAUUCGAGGUGACACUGGAUGUCAUGUUUGACAAUCGUGCCGUGUACGACCUUGUCAAGAAAUCCGACAUCUUGAACACGCAAACAGUAGCUAAUCUCUACGGUAUCGCAGCUGAUGAUAUAUCGUGGGCCGGGUUCUUUGAUGUCGCAAUGGCAUUCAAGGCGACUUUACCGCGACUGCGAAAUGGGAAGCCAGCGGCCUCUGGAGGAUUCAUGGAAGAUGAUGUUCAUGGGAGUCAGAAGUACAUCAAGCUCAUUGGAAUUCCGCUCCCGGCUGAGCUCAUUGAGGACUUGGAGGCUCUGAAAAGAGCCGAGCACGCUUGCGCGUGA